AUCAUGGCUAUUCUUCGUAUGAUCAAGAAGCCUUCCGCAACCAGAGAUAUUCCCAAGGGCCAUUUUGCUGUGUAUGUUGGGGAGAUGCAGAAAAAGAGAUUUGUGAUCCCCAUAUCAUUCUUGAGCGAACCUUUAUUUCAAGACUUGCUUAGUCAAGCUGAGGAAGAAUUUGGCUUCGACCAUCCAAUGGGUGGUGUGACUAUUCCCUGCAGUGAGGAUUUGUUCAUCGAUGUCACAUCUCGAUUGAGAAUGUGAGAAGGAAACCAGUCCCUAUUUUUUUGUUAACUCAAUUUUGUAUAGUUGUAGUAAGCCAGGAACUCCACUGUGUACAGUUGAGAGUUAUAAGAAACACUAGGUAGACUAAGGACACAUUUUUCUACUUCAAAAGUAAUUGAAGUAAUGAAACAUUUUACUUCCAUACAUUGAUGUAAUCAAUUCAUUGCAAUAGAAAUUUUUUGCUCAA